AUGGACGCAGUGCAACUCUCUACAAACUUAACCCUUGCCACCCCCAUGCCACAACUACAAGACCAAGUUCAAGACAAAUUUCAAGACCAAGUUCAAGACCAAGUUUCAACAACAUUGGCUUUAUGUGAUCCAUCUUGGACCACACUGAACAAAACAGAAGAGGAAGAAGGCUCAGCUUCUUCUACCCCAGCACAUGAAAACAUCUGUACAAUAAUGCAGAAUGUCAUAGAAGAAGAGCUGAAAAGAAGAGCAGUGGCUGCCCAGAUUUCCAGGCUGCUCACAGUUUGCAGCUACAAUCAGAUACUUCAUGGCAUGUGGAGGGUGCCAGCAAACCCGAGCCCAUUUCGCGAUGUUUGGGAGAUUAGGAAGACGCUGACCACAAGCGAUGUUGGACAAAAUGUGAGCAGGACCAGCAGCAGGCUGCUGCUGAACACACAUAUGGUCAAGAAAAGUCUCCUGCCCUACUGGAGUUCUCGACUUAUUAAUCGAGUCGAAAGCCAAGAGGGAGCUGCAGUUACAAUCUACGAUUGUAACACAAGCUCCCAGCAUCACUUGACUUUCAAGUAUUGGAAGAGCUCAAGGACAUAUGUUUUGAUAAAAAAAUGGAACAGAGAAUUUGUGAGGAGGAGGCAGUUGAACGCUGGCGAUGAAAUUGGAUUUUUCUGGGAUGUUCACAGGUUGAUGCUCAUGUUUUCUGUGCUUGGACGCGCAGGGCACCAACUGCCUUCUUUUGCUUGA